CCUCCCCCCCACCCUACCCCAUUCCAUCCCUGGCCCCCACUGCAUUUAAGAUUUUUGCCUCAGCAGUAAACUGUUCCUUCUUGAUGAGGAUCAGAUUCAGAACAGAAAUUCCCCUAAUUGACUUUGCUACAUUUUUAAAGAUGAAAUGAUUCAUGCAAGUUAAAUGCUUUUUGGCAGAGUGCUUAUUGUUAUCAAAAGUUUUCCUAUCUUUCUGCAUCAGACCCAUAAACUGUUUUUUGAAUUUGUUUCCCGUUUCUGUUCAGGUGAUCAGUAAUAUACUUCAAUGUUACUUAUGCUUCUCCUUCUGAUGAUUUUCACCUGUUCAUCACCAUACUUCCACUCUCACUCAAUCCCUUUUCGACUUCCAGUUAUAACUUUUUAUCUUUUUUACAGUGGAACUUUGCCCUCUCUACUCUGUCCAAUCUUUUCUUUUGACCCCUCCAGAACUAUCCAGUUCUUUCAUGUAUCUCAUUGCACCAAGUCUCAGCAAGAUCCAUGCAAUCAAAAUUUGUCUUCAAAUGCAAGUUCACUUUGUCUCUUGGUCCUUAUUUGGUGAAGGUGUGGAUUUUAUAAAUGCCUUCUUUCUUGGAUUUCUGUCUCCUGUGAAUUUGUGAGCAUUUCUAACUGUUCUUUCUACACUACUAACUCUGUGCCAUCCAGCUUUGUUUGUGGUUAAAGGUAGGUGAUUUUCUCCAUACACCUUUCUCAAAAUCCUUGCUGAAAGGAUUUUCAGGACUACAGUAAAAUACAUUCUUAUCGGCAUUUUUAACAUCACCCUUUUAGGAGCUUGUCAUUCCUGUCAAUUGGGUCUUGAUCCAGAAAUGCACCUUCUUCAGACACACCUUCUUAAUAGGUACCUCCCAUUUAAAGUCUGCAAAGCACUUUAUACACACUAAUCCCAUUUGAUACUCACAACAGCCGGAUGAGUAGGUACUACAGAUAUUACUCCCAUUUUAUAGAUGAGGAAAUAGGCUUAGGGACAUUUAGUGGAUUACCUAUAGUCAGAUGGCUAGUCAAUAUUGGUCAUGGGAUUCUUAGCUUGAAGUGUUCUAAAUGUACAGAUUUCAACAAAAUGCAAACAGAAAAACAAAAAAUAACUAAUAUAUUGAAAUGACUAUAACUAUCCUUUUUUCUUUCCACUUCUGCCAUGGACUUAAAAGUGAAUGAACAUAGGGCAUCACCAUCUAGAUGUCUCGUAUUUAGCCCGUUUAAAAUAAGAGUCCAAAAUAGAGAAUUAAAUUUCUCCAAAAUCUGCUCCCUUUGACUUAUUUUUAUUAAGAGCACUAUCAUAGUUGCCCACGUGAAAAACCUUGGUAUUGUCUUGAACACUUCUGACUCAGCUCUGAUAUCCCCAUCAAUCAUUUAAGGCUCAUUGAUUCUCCCUCCACAAUAUUUCUCAUGGCCUCUUCCCCGCUCACAUCUUGAUUUCCACUAGAAGUUUCUUGCCUAUGAGCUUCAUAUUGCUUCCAAACUAGCUGAAUGCCAUCCGCCAGGGUAGACUUGUGAGUGGGAAGGGUAGCCCUGGCUAACAUCCUCGGUCCUAAGUCGUUUAUAUCAUAUACACCCACCCACUCCCAGCCAAAAAGAAAGUCAUUAAAGCAGACUAGGUCGGACAGAAAUACGACUCCCGCGAUGUUACAUGGCAUCUUGGGAACUGUAGUCUUCCGGUCGCCUACAACGGCGAUUUGGGACUUGCAGUCUUCGCCUCCUUGAGACUCUAGGUCAUAAAAACAAACGUUGAGUCGAGAGACGUUAGGCUCCUCCCACGACAGACCCAGCUCCAGCUGUUUUCCUCUCAGGCCACGACCCGCCCCUCGAACGUAGCGUCACUACAGCGAGUGGCGGCUCCAGCUCCUGGGGGCUCCCUCUGCUGUCCUAUCCCCGCCAGCCCGGGGCUGCGGCUGCUGGAAAGAGGGAGAAAGCGGCGCGGGGGCCGGGCUGAGGGUCACGUGAAGCCGCUCGGGCAGAGAGCCGCUCGGAACUCGUUUAACGGUAGUGGAGAAGAAACAGCGCGGCCCUCUGAGGUACGGAGCGGGGAAGGAAGAGAAAAGCGGGAGCGCCGCACCUGUUCUCCCCCCUUCAGCCGUUGGCCACGGGCUAGGCCGUUACUGCAAUAGCCCAUCGCUCUUGGCACCACGUGGGAGAGAGGGGAAGCCGUGUGUGAGGCCGGGGCGGCCCGAGCUCGCGCCACUGUUCGGAAUCCUGCCCCGGACUAGCCGUGCUCGCGACUUGCGUGGUCUCGGAAGGGCGGGUUCUUUUGCCUCACUCUGCCGCCUCCCAAGUGUGGACCCAUUGCCCCCGCCUGCCUCCAUCCGGGUGUGCCCUCAGCCCGGGUUCACCUGCCCCGAGACAUUGAAUUCUUGAGAAGAAAACAAUGGCACCUAUAUUACUUUAACUGGUUACAAAAAUUGUUAGAUUUGCUUCAGUGUUUCUGAAGAGGAUGGCAACUCCUUAUGUCCCUGUGCCUAUUCCAGUAGCAAAUUCUUCUUCAAAUUUUACCACAAACAGAAGCCAAAGAAGUUCUUCUUUUGGGAGUAUUUCAACAAGUUCAAAUUCUUCUAAAGGCCAACCAGAAGACUCUAAUGUGAAUAGUUACAAAAAGACAACAAUGCCAGAUCAAAUGGACAGCAAUUCAUCCAUCUGUAGCAGCCCCCUUAUUAGGACUAAAUUUACAGGUAUAGAAUCUUCCAUUGAAUAUUCUACUAGGCCAGUGGAAAAUGAAGAACAAAGUUCAGAAUCUGUGAAUUGGGAAGAAAGACCCUCUACACCUACUAUACUGGGUUAUGAGGUGAUGGAAGAAAGGGCUAAAUUUACUGUAUAUAAAGUUCUAAUUAGAAGAAGUCCUGAGGAAAGCUGGGUAGUUUUCAGAAGAUAUACAGAUUUCUCUAGACUGAAUGACAAAUUAAAAGAAAUGUUUCCAGGCUUUCGACUAGCUCUUCCACCAAAACGCUGGUUCAAGGAUAAUUACAAUGCCGAUUUCUUAGAAGAUAGGCAAUUGGGACUUCAAGCAUUCCUACAGAAUUUAGUUGCUCACAAAGACAUUGCUAACUGCCUUGCAGUAAGGGAAUUUCUUUGUCUGGACGAUCCACCAGGUCCUUUUGAUAGCCUGGAAGAAAGCAGGGCUUUCUGUGAAACUUUAGAAGAAACAAAUUAUAGAUUACAAAAAGAACUACUUGAACGACAAAAAGAGGUGGAAUCGCUGAAGAAAUUGUUAAAUGAGAAACAACUUCACAUAGACACUAUAGAGAACAGAAUUAGGUUAUUGUCUUUAGAACAUGAAGAAACACUUAGAAUUUCAAGAGAAGGUGAAUGUACCAGAAAGAUAGAGUCUUCUGCAAUUGAAGCAGAUCAAGAUACGUUGGGUGAAAAAAACAGGUCUGAUAAGAUUCCCAAGGUUGGCUGGAGUGAUUGUGAACCUGAAAAUUCAGUAACUGAAGUGGAGGUAGCUGAAGUGGCCUAUGCUGCUGAAGAAGAGUAAAAGAUCAGCAUCAGCUACCAUAAUCUUUGGAAAUUUAGCAGUUUGGACUGGAUUAUAUUUUAGCAAAAACUGUUUAAAAAAAAAAAAAGAAAAGUAGCUGCAAAGCAUUUAUGGGGGGAGGAAGGGUGCACAUGUGAGAUGUUUACAUAAACAAAAUUAUAACUUAUUGGCAUAGGAAAUAUUCAGUGCUGCUUUUAAAUCGCUUUAUCUAGCCUUCAUAUUUAAUAUAUUUUAAAAGGUCUAGUUAGGUUUAUUUUAACCUAGACCUGUAUUCUUAAAUAUUGUAAAUAAAUGAUUAUGAAAUUUUGCAAUAUGCUUUAAGAUGUAUGUACAUAUAUAUGACACAUAAACAUCACCAUUAAUAUUAGUCAUGUGAAAAUUUAUUACAUGUGUGAAGCACACUUAUUUGUCUCAUACAUAUUUUUAAUUGGUUAAAAUAAGUUAAUAGCAUUUUUUAGUAAAGAUAUAAGAGCCGUUUAAAUUAAGACAUUGAUUUUUAAGUACCUUAAAUUUUUUUAAAGAAAUUUUCAUUUUGAUGCAUUAAAAAAAGAAAAACUUGUUAUUACCAAAUGAAAAGUACCUGAAAUAACAACAAUCGGCUUUCUCCUUAGGUUUCCUGGAAGGAAAGUAGUAAAAUAGUAAUUGAUAAAAUAACUAAUUGAUAUACAGAUAUUGUAUUAUUUACAUUACUCUGUAAUUAUUAUUACUCUGUAUUACAUGUUUAUUUUUCUCUCAUUCUUGAACUAUAGAGAUAAUGAGUUUGCCUUUUUCCCCCAAAUACUACCUCUUACUAAAUAAGAUAUGCUCUUUUGAAAAUGUAUUCUAGAUUAUCUAAAGAUAAUUCAUUUAUAACCAAAAGAGAAAGCCAUAGUUUUGCCAAGUUAAUAUCUAGGUUGUUCCCAAUUGCAGUGCAUUUUUUAUUUCAGUGUAGCUGAGAUGUUUCAGCAUAUUAUAACCAAUUUUUUUUCCAGAAUGUAUUUAUUUAGCCAAGUGAUGCACUUUACAAUGAUUAAAACUCCUUUGUGCCAAGUUUAAUUGGUUAAUAGCUUCAUUACAGAGAGGAGUUAGGAAAAAUGAUUAUGUAGUGCCUUUAAUAUUUAACUGUUACAGAAGUCUUAGAAUCUAGAAGAUCAACUUCGUGAAACUUUUUUAAUGUUUAUUUUGGUCCUGCCAUUAGUUAUUGGAAGUGCCUUUGUUUUUCCCCCAGUGAGAAGUUGUUUCAUGUUUUUUGCCCGUAUGGUUUUGCUUAAUGCUAGCAUGACUAAGGUGCAUAAUUUAAAACUAAGUUAAUGUAUUGGCUGUGUACAUAUAUAUGUGUGUGUGUGUGUGUUUUUCCUAGAAAUGGAAAGAAAGUGAUAAAUAAAGUUGUGGCUCCAUUUUUGUAA